GGAGAGAAAGAGACAGAAGGAGAAAAGGAGUUGGGGACUGCAGCAGAGAGAGUAGGGGAGGAAUAGGGGAAGACGUUGAGAGCAGACAGACAGAGGGAGUAGCAGAGAAGAGAGAGGGACUGAGAGAGAGAGGCUUCACUUGUCGGAGACGGAGAAGGUCUGAAUCACCGUUGACGAGCUGUCUCCCCUGACCUCACCCUCCAGCCCAGAUGACAUCAUCAGAGCUCCUAUCUCCCGGCUGGCGGUGGUGGUUGCUGCUGAUGUUGCUGAAGCUUGCGGUGUCCUACUCAGGCCCUGCACAGGCAGCCAAUGGGAGAGGGUGCUCAGCGCGAGGCCCCGCCUCCUACGUACUGGUGUUCACGGGACACUGGAGCUCUCGGGCUUUCCCCAAACAGUACCCGAUCGUCCGUCCUCCUGCACAGUGGUCCAAGCUGAUCGCUAUGACCCACAACGGGCAGUACCACCUGUGGAGGGAGGGGGCGCUGGCGAGUCCUGGUGUUCGCAGUUUUGCAGAGCGCGGCGUGACGGCUGACCUGGGGAGGGAGGGCCGUGACGCCCGGAAGAGACGGGCUGUCGGCGGGAUGUACCGGACUGCUGGGGUCGCCACAGCAACCGGGCACAGCUCCACCGAGCUGCUGCUGCAGCCCAGAUACCCUCAGCUGUCCAUGAUGGUGAAGAUCGUUCCCAGCCCUGAUUGGUUCGUGGGAGUGGACAGCGUCAACCUGUGUGAGGGGGAUCGAUGGCGACAGGAAGUGUCCUUUGACCUCCACCCUUUUGACGCGGGAACAGAUAGCGGCUUCACCUUCUCCUCGCCCAACUACCCCAGCAGCCCACCUGAGAACAUCACACAGAUCACCUCUCAGAAGCCCAGUCAUCCAGCCAAUUCUUUCUACUAUCCCCGGCUGUCAGAGCUCCCCCCUCUGGCCACUGUGAGGAUAACGCGCCAGAGUCGAAUGCCUGCUCGCCAAACCCCACUGUCCAAUCACAUUUUGCCCCAGUAUAUCUCAGAGACGCCGCUGGACUGCGAGGUCUCUCUCUGGUCGUCCUGGGGCCUGUGCGCGGGCCCCUGUGGCAGCGGCAGCAUCAGACACCGGACACGCUACAUCCUGCUGCGCCCCGCAAACAGCGGCUCCCCCUGUCCGGAGCUGGAGGAGAGGGCUGACUGCAGCUCACACCUGUGCCUGUCCCAGCAAUGAGGGACUCUGUCAGACCCCCA